AUGCCGGGGCGGUCGGUUCCUGCCCCAAGCAGGGGGGCGCGGCUCUGCCCCCAGGCGCCGGGCGGACCUCGGCCACGCCGACCACGACGAAGCUGUGUCGCGGUGCCUCGUCGACUCUUGGUAGUGGUCGUCGUUUCUUUCCCUCCACUGGUCGGGGCCAACACUGGUCCCCCCGAUCGCUGCCUCUCAACUGCGGCACGGCGGUUUCCUCUCGUCCGCGCGGCUGCGCAAGAGGUCAGGCCCUCGCAGCCGCGCAUGCAGAGGGUCCCCCUCCUCCUCCCUCUCCUCCUCUGUUGCGCAGGCGGAACGAGGGCAGGACUGGGGGAAACGAACAUCAUACGAGAACGUGGAACACUGUUUAGGUCGAGCCCUGCCUCCUCCUCCUCCGCCUCCUCCUCCUCCUCUUCCCCCUCCCAGCAAGGGCUCUGGCCCUUGCGGGCGGAGUGGUCGAGGUUAGGAUCUCCUCCUCUUCCUCUUCCUUCUGCUCUGUUUGCGUACAAGGCUCGCGCAAGGCACUGA